UUGUUUUCCAACACUUUCUUCUUCCGAAUCUGACAUUUUAAUAAUGCAUUUCAAAAAAAUCACCUUAUAAGAAACUCAUAUUAGUAUCUGCAAAAAGCAAUAAUUACCAUAACAAAACAAAAUCGGUUGAGUGCUUUUUAAAAUUCGCAGUGCACACACAUAUCCGUGAAAUAUAAAAUUCAAAAACACAUCCACAAGCAAUAUAAAAGUGAAGCUCCAACACUACCAAAUCACUGCAUCACAAACCACCACAAUGUCCACAAUAGCUUCUUCAAUAAUUUUACUCGUUUUAACCGAAUCUUUAGUUUUAGGAUGUCUUAUUACCAAUUGUCCUCGUGGUGGCAAAAGAAGUAAAUUUGCCAUAAGUGAAAACGCCGUCAAACCGUGUGUGAGUUGCGGACCUGGUCAAACUGGGCAAUGUUUCGGUUCCAACAUUUGCUGUGGACCAUUUGGGUGCCUUCUGGGAACCCCAGAAACGCUGCGUUGCCAACGAGAGGGGUUUUUCCACGAACGCGAACCCUGCAUUGCCGGCAGUGCCCCAUGCAGGAAAAACACAGGACGAUGCGCUUUUGAUGGAAUUUGUUGCAGCCAAGACUCUUGCCAUGCAGACAAAAGCUGUGCCAGUGACGACAAAUCAAGAGUUUUCGCCGAAAGUCCGAUAGACUUGUACACUCUGAUUAAUUAUCAAGCAGAGUUGGCUGGUGAUAAAUAAAAAAAAUCAAUAAUUAAGCUUAUUUUGCAAGGCACCACAAAUGUAAUGUCUUAUUAAUAAGUGUGUGAAAACUUGAGCAAUUAUCAAUAAAAGCGAUA